AUGUUUCUUUCAGUGGUAGCAUUCUUUCUCAUAAAAGAAAAAAAAAGACGUGAAGCCAUAAGCUUAACCCAAACCAAUCCUCAACCAAGUAUAGAGUGUAAAGUCAGAGGGCCACGGGAAGCAGGAACUGACACAUCAUCAAUACAAGAUGAAUACACAGAAAACGCCUACAGUGUUUGUAACAUUGAAAGAGAACAACAAACAUUAAGCUCAGAUAAUAUCACUCACAAACCAACAACAUAUUACAAGAGGUGCAUUGCAAAGGCGGAAUUAUGGAGCAAACAAACAAGUUUAGAGAACUAUGAUCAGCAUUCAUUUGCCUGUCCCUUUUUUCGUGCCGGCAUCUUUGACAAAUAUGGCGGAGAGUUACAUUUUGAUGAAGCUGGAGUAAUGCUAUUGGUACCACCUGGUGCCAUCCAACAGUCGACACCUCAACUAAUUUACAUAUAUUUACAUCAUGAACAAAAUGAAAUUUUACCAAUCCCGCCAAACAUGAUGGCGACGAGUCCAGUGGUGUUUUGUGGGCCAUCCGGAAUGGUGUUUGACCAAAGAGUUCUAUUAUCGUAUCAGCAUUGUGCAAAUAUUAAAAAUAAUAACACGAAUUUGAUAACACUGCGUACGGAAACUGAACCCGACCAGUCACCAAGUUUUCACAACUUAUCAGAAGACAAUGAUUCGAUUACCCUUAUAAAAGGCAACACGGUGACGUUAAUGUUGUCUCAUUUUACUGGACAUACUAGUGUUGUACAAUGUGAAGAGGAAAAAGAAACAGUGAUACAUGAAAAAUGGUUAAAUUUGAUGUUGUUUUCGUCACAAAUAAAUGAUGAUGAUUACGAUUUACAACUUCGUCUAUAUUGUGCCAAUCAGACCGAAGAUGCUCGAUAUAUUGUGUUGGAAGAUGAGCGGCUCUUGGAAGGUUCAUUGCGUUCCCCUACCUUCCCGUUUCUUUUUGCAAGUAUAAGCGAUAUAAAUGUUCUCCUAAACUCGGAAGGAAAUUGGAAAGUACGUGGAGGGAAGACUAAACAGGUACUUGCAAAGAAAUGUAUAUUGGAAAAUUCUUAUACUCCAUGUGUGUAUCACCUUGAACAUGACAAAGGGAAUACUGUAACAAAAUUUGCAGGUCAGAUGCAUGUUUCUCAAGAUGGACGAGAGGAAUUAUUUGGUAAAAUAAUUGAUGUCUUGGUGAAACAACAGCGAAGAAUAACUACAGAGUCAUUUGUGCGUAGACGUCUUCUACUGCCUUACCCUCUUCGUGAAUGUAUUCGAGAGAUGUUAGAUAUACAUAACACUUUUGGAAACGACUGGAGAUAUUUAGCAUAUUCACUAGGCUACGAUGAUUAUAUUCAGCAAUGGGAAAAACAACAACGUCAGGGUCUGAUUAACAGCCCUACCAAUGAACUGUUGAAUAUAUGGGAAGCUAACAGGUCAGGAAAUCCAACUGAUCUUAAAGAUUUAACAGAUAUAUUUAGAAGUAUGCAAAGAUUGGAUAUCGUAUCAGAAAUCGGUAAAUGGAGCAUAAUCCAUGAAUCCCUACUGUGAAACAAACAAACCUUUCUAAAGUUAAAAAUGUGUGUAUAGGUAUGGCAUGUAUGUAUAUAUCCUUAAAUCUUCUUAUUUGCUUUCGUUUUCUGCAUUGUUAAUGUUUUGACUUGAAUUUUAAACUGUAAGAACUACAUAGUCUGAGGGCUGGUAGAAAUUUGGUUUGGUUGUUUAUUUGGCAUUGUGUUAUUAAUGCUUUUGCAAUUUUUUCAAUUUAUUUUUCCUUUUCGAAUUUGUUUUAACUUUGACGUUCGUAUUUUAAAAUGUUUGGACCUAUGGUGUGGAAAGGGAAUAUUUUCCUGAUCAACCGUGCUUCUUGUUUUCCUAAUAGUACAUUUAAUGUGAGUACUAUAAUGUUUAACGUUGCUUUUGUAAUAUAAGGAAUAAUUUGAAAGAAACAUACGGAGCUCAAAUCAAACGUUCCUAUCUAGCACGACGCAUGCUCAUAGUUAGGACAUUGCUUUGUACUUCUUGUUAAUCUCUGAUUUUUUAUUUGUCAUGUAUUGAUUUUAUUACUAUUUUUGUUUUCGUUCCUUGGACGCACCGUUACGUACAUGU